AUUACAUGCUGCAACCAUAAAAACUUGGAAAAAUCUCGACUUUGACUGUUUGACUGAGGCGACCAUUGCGGAUAUCAGAAUGGCUGACUCGUACUCAACGGGCGGAGUGCCCAUCUUCCGACCCACCGCGGAACAGUUCGCCGACUUUAACGGCUACAUUGCGUACAUGGAGCAGCACGGCGCCGCUGACAUCGGCCUGGCCAAGAUCAUCCCGCCACCCGGCUGGAAGGCAAGACAAACGCCAUACGACUUUGAUGCGUUCAAUAUUUCGACGCCAAUCAAGCAAACAUUCCGAGGCCAGAACGGCUGCUACACGCUUGUGAAUUUCGAGCGGCCGAAACUCUCGCUGCGCGACUAUCGCGAGCUGGCCAACUCGAAGAGGUUUUGCCCGCCGAGCUCCAAGUCGCACCAGGAGCUCGAGCGCGCGUAUUGGCGCGGCAUCAACAUCAACCCGCCAAUCUACGGCGCCGACAUUCCCGGCUCGUUUUUUGACGACGCAUGCACGACCUGGAACGUGGCCAAACUCAAAACGGUCUUGAACGAGCUCCAAACAAACCAGGGAGUUGAAAUUCUGGGCGUCAACACGCCGUACAUGUACAUUGGGAUGUGGCGCGCAACGUUUGGCUGGCAUGUCGAGGACAUGGAUUUGUACUCGAUCAAUUACAUUCACGCCGGCGCGCCCAAGACGUGGUAUUGCAUCCCACCAAAGCACGGCCAGCGGCUGGAGCGUCUCGCUGCAGGGUUUUUCGGCGACGACGCCAAAGCCUGCCCCCAGUUUUUGCGGCACAAAAUGGCCAUGCUCUCGCCGACGGUGCUGCAAAAGUUUUCGAUUCCCUUCCACUCGGUUGUGCACGAGGAAGGCGAGUUCAUGGUCACCUUUCCGUACGCCUACCACGCCGGGUUUAACCACGGCUUUAACUGCGCCGAGUCGACCAACUUUGCCUCCGACCGCUGGAUUGACUUUGGGGUCAACGCAAAGUUGUGCAACUGCACUCCCGACGCCGUCCGGAUUAACAUGGACUACUUUAUCGAACGGUAUCGCCCUGAAUUGUGGGCCAGACUGCAAGAGAAGCGAGAGAAGGAAGCUUUGGCGCUUGCCGUGCAGCAACAUCAGCAGCAACAGCAACAACAACAGCAGCAACAACAACAGCAGCAACAACAACAACAACAACAAUAUCAGCAGUUUCCCACUCCGCAGCAUCCGUAUCCGCAAUACUUUCAACAAUUUACCCAGUAUCCACAACAGCAUGGUAUGCAUAUGACCGCACAACAGUUUGCUGGCAUGCACGGAAUGAUGUUCCCUUUCAACUCUGCGGCUCCUGUGCCUACCCAAAAGCGCGCGAUGGCCUCAAUCUCGGAAAAGCCUCGCAAGCGACCUGCCCUCAGCCAUCCGCAAUCUGGAGAGCUUGCAGGAGUCGUCGGAGGAGCAGGACCCGUGCGAGACACUCGAGGGCGAAAGAUAUCGCCGUUGGUCAAGCCUGGCAGCUCUGUUGUGCUCGUCACUGGCCAGGUCUUUACGUACGAUGACUAUCGCGUCUUUCUGAACGCGGGCGCUCCCGCCGUAGCCCUGUUUCCAAAGCCCAGCCGGUUAUCGACAGAGGCUGAAGUCACACUCCGGAGAAGCCAGCUGCGAAAGUUGCGUCGGCAAAUUCGGCGCGAUUGUCCUGACCGAGCCUGGCAGUCCUCCCGCGGUCGUAGUUCUCAUCAUGUCAAUCCUGUUGCCCUGGGCAGCGUCCAGCCUGGAUCCUCCGCGGUGGCUGUUCAGUCCACGCCUCAGCUUCCCCUGGACUUGCUUGGCAACGGCGACCACAUUCGGCUUUAUGACCACGAUGGCGACGACGAAGAGGAAGAAGAAGAAGAAGAAGACGACGACGAAGAUGACUCGGACGACGAUGAUGGCGACGACAGCGAGGGCACGGAUGACACGGCCUCCAUUCCAUUCCCUAAAUCCCAAGCGCGAACCUUCGGCUGGCUCUCCGUCGACGAGGUCGAGUACAAUUUCCAAGUCUGCCGCAAGAACAUUUGCAGUGUCUGCCGCAUCAAAGGUGACCUUGUUCCAGCGUGUGCAGCUCCCGCCUCGCCCUAUGCCAACUUUGUGCAGAAGGCCGUUUCUCAACCUCAGCAGCAAAAUCAGAAACGGCAGCAAGCACAACAGCAGCAACAACAGCAACAGCAGCAACAACAGCUCCAACACCAACAACAGCUCCAACACCAACAACAACAGCACCAAUUACUACCUCCGCAUCAGGUCAAUCCGAUGACAGAGCAGCAGCGCAAGACUCCCUCAUUCUUCCAAAGCCUCAGCGUUCAGACCAACAACAGCUUUGCAUCCAAUCCCAUGCAGCCAAGCCCCCGCGGCGAGCAACCUCUUCCACACCCAUCCAUGUUUGGCGAUUUGCUCGCAAACAUGGAGAGUGGCGACCCGUCUGGCAAUGAUGUCGGCCGGCUCAUGGAAUCGACAGAUGUGUCGGCGUUGGACCUGCCAUUGGAUUUGCAGCACACGUUCAUUGCCCCGCUGAUGAUCGAUACAACCAUUCUGCCGCUGUCCCCGAAUAGCGAGUUGUCUCGAGCACCAGCACCCGGCACGAGUACCAGCCUGGAGGCGAUCGCCGCGCCCUCCACGAAUGGCCUUGUUGCGGUCAAGAUGGAAGAAGUACCUGCUUCACACGAUGCGAUCCACACUCAAACAAACGGCGCAACCUCUGCCUCCAAUGGCGAGAUUCCUGUCGCCGCUGCAGAGCACUCGCACGCUGCAAUCCCCAACAAUAGCGAUGCGCCUCCCCGCGCUUCCUCCAUCGAGGCCACUCCUGCAUCCUCCGACCCCGCCGAGCCCUCCCCGCCACCCGCCAAUGAAGAGCAACUGAUGGAGGAGACAUCAGCCGUUCCUGUUCCUCGCGACAUGCGCAUGGUCCGCUGCCAGUACUGCCACGUGACUGUUCACGCCGACUGCUACGGUGUCACCGUUGAUGAUGUUGCAGACCUCGCGCAUUGGGCAUGCGAUCGCUGCAAGGUCCGUGCUUCCCACCCAAAGUGCAUUCUGUGCCCCUGUGUGGGUGACGCCUACAAGCCUGCCGAGAACAACUCCUGGUGCCACGUUGCUUGCGCAUUUGGCGUCUCGGAAAUGUACUUUUUGGAUCCCACCAAGCUCGACAUGGUCGGCGGUUUGAUCUACGUUCCAAGUUCUCGGCUUGGGCUAAAAUGCACCUACUGUCGUCAGUCGUCGUCGUCGUCGUCGUCGUCGUCGGAUGCGGCGAGGCGACUGGGAUUCCAACUGCCUGCCAAGCGAGGGACCAAAGGUGCGUGCAUCCAGUGCGAGCGUGGAAAGUGCAGCACCGCCUUCCAUGUCACCUGCGCGCAACGGCACGGAAUUGCCAUGGCCUUUGAUUCUGAGCGGUUUGAGGCUUUCUGCGAGCGCCACAAUCCGUACAAGGUCUCCUCGUUGACUUCUUCGCAAACGGUCGCCUUCACCCAAGGGCAAGUCGUAUGGGCGCGAUGGCAAGCGAACGACUUUUACAAGGCCGUGGUUGAGAGUGUUUCAGCUGGCGGCACAACCACUUUCCGCAGCCGUGACGGUCAACUGGUGAAUGGCAUCAGUGAAGAGGAUGUCGAGUUUGUGGACAUGGACACGCUGCGCUCGGAUCCUGCUUAUUCGGUCUGGCCAACGGGCGCACCAAACUGCCGCGUCAAAGCGACGCGCGAGCUGCUCAACUGCGCCAAGCAACAUACCGUCGUCACAUACAGCCUGAUAUUCGAUGACGGCUUCCGCAAGACGGUCAAGCGUGAGGAUAUUCUCGAUGAAUCCACUGCGCUGGAACGGGCUCGUCGUGAAAUGAUCAAGCUUGUUCAAACGCAUGGAUGGGGCGCGCCGGCAAACGGCAGCGCAGUUGACCCGGCCACACCAGCCGAGGAAAGCACCGAUGGCAAGGGUCGCCGCAACCGCAAGUCCGUCGACUACAAGGCGUUGAUGAACACUGGAUUCAAUGCGUAUGACGAGGUGGCCCAGCUGGGCAGCGGAGCUCCACCAGUGUCUGCAAGCAAACGCAAGUGGUCCACGCCUCCCUCGUUCUGCGCCACUCCAGCCGAGUCUGUGACCCCUCAGAGCCUCGCAACCCCACCUCCGAUGGCGUUUACGCCCGUAUUGCCGUUGCCUUUCAGCCUUCAAUGAGACCGAUUUUCGAGUUUUCGGGUUGAUUUUGGGUCGUAUGCCUCUCUCUUCUUUUUCCUGUUGUAUACUUCAUUCUGCACUCUCAUGAGACAAUGUCUGAUAUUCUGGGUUGUUGUCUGAUUGUUCUCGUUUGCUUUUUCGUGGUUGAUGUGUUUCUGGGU